UGAAGACGGAACUAACGUGACGGUCAUGUGAUUCCAGUCAGGACAUGAUUAGCGACCGCACUGUUUACCUUUCGCUACAGUCAGAGACAGCAGAGGAAUGCCAGACUCUCUCUCAUAAUGUACUCUCACGGCUCGGAAAGUUUAAUCAAACAGGCAAGAGAGAUUCAGGAGUCUGAGCUGCAGAAGUUUCACAGCAGAUUAGUGAAGCUGCUCCAGGGGAAGGAGCUCGGCCAUGAGGCUGUCGACUCCCUGCAGAGGCUGCACCUCAUCCUCUCUGCUACCAAGUACACCAGGACGUUGCCCCCAGAGCUUCAGAAGAGACUUCAAUCCCUCCUCUCCUCACCUGCGGAGCAGUUUCAGGUGCUGAGCUCAGCUGUGCUUAGAGAGACACUGCCCCUCUCUGGUCAGGAAGCGAACUACAACCAGGAGAACUUCACUCAGCUCAACAGUCAUGCUGCUGCCCUGCUGCUCUCACAGGCUGGAUCCAGGGCUGAUGUGUCGUCACUCUGCGUUCAUCUCCUCCGCAGUCUGGACAGCCGACAGUCGGAGGGGCCAGCCAACUCGCUCACACACACCCUGCCGAUCCUCAACAGCGUGCUCACACACAGCCCAGAGUGCCUCACUGCAGAUCACGUGACCCUCCUGAGUAAAAAGCUUGUGGAUUGGUUGCGUUACGCGAGCAUCACUCAGGGAGGCGGUGCUCCCUCAGGAGGGUUCUUCACGGGGCCCAGGUCACGUCAGCCGGUACCGACAGCAGAGCUGGAUGGGACGGUGUCGGGGGAUUUCUUCACUGUGCUGUGUGUGGGCCAGAGCUUCACUGAGGACCAGUGGAUGAACGUCUACUCCUUUUCCAUGCUCCGCCAUUGGCUCCUCACCUACCACUCUGUUUCCAACGGCAACAAUACAGCUGACACUGCUACAGAGAACAUGCAAGGAACAGCAGUCUCAAAGUACCUUUCAUACCACUCGUCUCCGAUGUCCUGCUCUGUGUUGUCAUCAUCUCCAGCAAACAGGCUGCAGCUCAGCCUCUCCCACUCCUUUUCUAAUGAUGACCGGUCGGAGGUGGACGGGUCAGUGGUUUCCAUGGUUUCAGCGACCUCCUCCUCCAGCCGCCUGCUGCCUCCAAAGGAGCGUCUGAGAGAGAAGGCCUUCCAGUACUGCCAACGCCUCAUCGAGCAGAGCGAUCGCAAGGCACACAAAAGGACGGAUACAGACCUGCAGAAGGCGUGUCUGGUGGAGGCGGUGUGUAUCCUCGACUGUGUGUGUGGGGAGGACGCCUCACUGGUCUUCCGAACGUUCCCGUGCAUCAAGGCGCUCUUUGGUCGGCUCAGCUCAGACCUGUCGUUCGCCAGAGUGCUGCUGCCCAUAGCUCAGUUCUACCUCAACCAUGGCGAGAUGGCUGCGGUGGAUUGUGAGAGUGUGUGGACGCUGGUGUUCGGACGGUUCCCCGCUGAGCUGUUCAACGACCCAUUCCUGGCACACGAGUUUCUACGCUUCCUUCGACUGAACCUUGAGAGCCUACAGCUCCGAGUCCCACAGUACUCCCACUCCUUCCCAAACCUGCUGAAGUUCUUAGCGUGGGACAGCCCGGCCGUGGUGGACGACUUUGUGGAUCUGCUGCCUUCUCUGGUGACAGCUGGAACUGCAGUGGAGCUUCUCCACACUCUGCUGGACCUGCCCUGUCUCUCUGCCACGCUGGUCUUACAAGUCAGGUCAACUUGUUUGCCCAUCUCUGAGCCGGCGGGGCGUGGCCUCCUGUCACUUGAUGCAUUUAGAAACCAAUCUUUCCGAGGGCUUUUCCUCUUCCUGCUUCGAGGGGAGGCGGGCUCAGGUGACACAAUAGACCGACUGAGCACGCUCCACGAGCUGCUGGCUGAGACUGCUGAUUGGCCGAGAGUCGUUCAGUGUGCACAGACUGUCCCCAUGCUGUUGCACAUUUUUUUCGACACAGUCAUUGCGGUAGCUGAUGAGAAGCUGUUAGCCCACUUGGUUCAAGCGAUGCUGGAGAGAAGCAGCCUCCUCCUCAACAUCCCGAAAUACAACAAAGAGAUACACAGGGUGUUCAGCUGCCACCUGCUGAGGAUGUGCAAGCUCCACCCGUCUCUGGUAGUGGGCCAGUCUCACGAGCUGCUGGAGUUCGCUGGAGCCACAGCCAAGGUCUACAGCAAAGAGGAAGUCUACACACACGUGGUGUGGGUGCUGGGAGAGUACCUCUCGGCGUCGUGUGACUCUCGCUGCUCCGUGAGGCUCAUCACUUCCUGUUUUGAGACGUUGGAGGCGGUGCUGUUCGAGAUCACGUCAUCCGCCCCGCCCCCUGGAGCGGAUUGCCCCGUCCCAAGAGUCGUCACCUCUCUAAUGAGUGCUCUGGCUAAGCUGGCGUCACGAUCGCAUGACCUCAUACCCAGGGUGUCUCUGUUCCUCUCCAAGCUAAGAACGGUAACCAGAGGGCGGCCAGUCGCCUGGUGCUCGGAUGAAGAGGACCUUGUUGCCAUAGUAACUCGAGGUGAGGAGUUGUGGUCGCUGCUGAAGGCUCCCGGUGUGGCUCAGAGCGUCCUGACCCCUCCCCCACCCGUCACCACACCCCAGUGGCACAGAGACUCCAACGUGGCCAUGCCCCUGCGACUGCGGGCCCUCACCAACCUCACACACUCACAGUGACACACACACACACACACUGAUAUUCACACCACACAUCAUCAUUUUGAAUUCACACUUUAGAGAUUCCCUCAUGAAAUGGACACGCUGAUGAAUCUGGUGUGAAAUGUGCACAUUGUUUUUGUUAAUAAAUGACAUUAUUUGAUUGACACUUGAUGUGAUGAAACAUUUUUUUGGCAAUUACAAAAUACACUGACCCCUCCCAGAGUAAUAUAGAGUCUCUUCUUUAAUUCAGUGAAAAUACAAUUUUACAAAAUAGAUCAUCUGAUUUUAAAAAAAGCUCACUUCCUGAGUAAGUGCUCCACUUCUAGAGGUUCGGGAGAACCUGCAAGUGUGCUCUAUGCAGUGGACGAAGAAGUACAAAAAUGAAGACUGUAAAGAGAAACAAUGGUGUAUAACAUGCCCAUGUGUUAAUUCUGUCAGAUUUUAGGAAGUGUUCAAGGAUAAGAGCCGCAAUCAUCGUCUUCUAAACGAGACAA